UAUAAAGCCAAUCAAGUGUUGUUACAUGUAAAACAUUAUAAAACUGAGAGACUAAAGACUUUUUGAGCUUCUAAAAGGUAGCAUCUACCACCCGUAGUCAAUCUAAGUUUUCAUCAUCGUAAAAGACUUGCUAAUUUCACUCCUUUUCAGCAAUGGAAGUCUGCACAGAUCUAUCGCUUGCCACUCCCUGCUGCGCAGAGUCAGAAAACCAAGUUCAAGACAAACUGUCAACAGAACUGAAUUUAUUCGAUCCAACUUGGACCAAAUUGAAGCGAACAGCAGAGGACGACACUGCGUUUGCUUCGAACCCAGAGCAUGAAACACUGUCUGCUACUGAGAAUGCUAUGCAAAAGUUCAUGAAGCGAAGAAAUGAAGUGGCUGCAAAGAUUUCCCGCCUGCUGAUCAAAUACAGCUUCAAUGAGGCCGUGCAGCAGAUUUGGAAGGGGCCAACCAACUCGAGACGGUACAUGGAGCCGUGGCCGAUCAAGAAAACUCUGACGAUGACCGACGUUGGACGGAACAUGCACAGGGCCAGCAGGCUAGUGCUGAAGAGAAAGUUGGUUAAGAAACAUAUCUUGCCCUACUUGAGCUAUCAAAUUAUUAACUGUGUCGAAAAUCAGGGAGCAGGGAUUAGAAUCUAUGAUCUUAAUACGAGCUCCGAACAUCAAUUGAUUUUCAAGCGUUGGAAGGGCUCCGGAACUUAUGUUUUGAUGAGUACAUGGAGCCGUGAAUUUGUGAAGAGGCGGCAACUGAAAGAAGGUGAUCUGAUUGGUUUUUGCUGGGAUGCUCACAAGCUGAUUCUGGUCUUUUCUGUCAUCAUGCGUUUUGGAUCCCAGUAUCCUUCUGCUUGAAGAAGCUGAGAAGAAUUAAGUUCCUUCUCUUGUUAGUUUCUAAUGUUAUAUUAUGGAUUAAA